GGGGCGUACGUGCACGGGGGACCGGGAAGCGGGAAAACGUUUGUGAUGGAUUUGUUUUACGCCACGCUGGACGGUGAACACGGCGUGGAGAAGCGUCGGGAGCAUUUUCACUCGUUUAUGCUCGAGACGCACACGCAGUUGCACAAGUUGAAGGACUCGGAUAAGAACAUGGACACCGUGGGUCAAUACGCGUCGGCGUUGGCGAGAAAGAUGCGCGUGCUGUGCUUGGACGAGUUUCAAAUCGUCGACGUCGCGGACGCGAUGAUCAUCAAGCGUCUGCUGGAAAAUCUCUGGGCCGAGGGCGUGCUGGUGGUGACGACGAGCAACAGACAUCCGGAUGAGUUGUACAAGAAUGGGUUGAAUCGCGCGCAGUUUUUGCCGUGCAUAGCGGAAAUUAAAAGACGAUGCAUCGUGCACGAGAUGGCGAGCGAUCGCGAUUAUCGUCUCACUGGACGCGCACGGAGUGAGGAGGACCAAGCGAUGUGGAAAUCCGGCGGCGACGAAGCCGAGCGCGAGCGUUGGCUGGUCGAACGCUUGCAAGUGCUCGCGGGCGAGCGCUCGUUCAAACCGCUACAAAUAGCGAUCGGUGGACGCCUCGUGCACGUCCGGCGCGCGGGUGGUGGCAUCGCUCACUUUGAUUUUAACGAGUUGUGUGACAGCGCUCUGGGCGCCGCCGAUUACACCGCCCUCGCGAGCAUCUUCAACUCCAUAGGCGUCGGGCACGUGCCGACUUUGAGCUCAGACAGACUCGAUCUGGUGCGAAGAUUCAUUACAUUCAUAGAUGUCAUGUACGAGCAUAAGGUGAAACUCCUCGUGAGUGCGGAUGCGUCGCCUGAAGAGCUGUACCGCGCGAGCGCCGGCGACGGAUCUCGCAAAAACGCCGCCCGCGACGAAGAGUUCGCGUGGGACCGCGCAGCGAGUCGACUCGCGGAGAUGCAGUCGAAAGAGUUUCAAGAG